AUCGGGGAAUAGCCGUCGCAUCAAAUAACUAGGCUACCGCUGACAGCGAUCAGGACGAAUGUCAUAGGAUGAACACUGCUGGUGGGGUGUGUCUGUCUGUGCUGUCCUCUCUCCUGGCCGUGGCUGGGGCCCUGGCUGCUGUGUCUGCCCUCGCUCUAGCUCCUCUCUCUGCCCUGGCUGAGGCUGCUCAUGGGGCUGCCGAUGGCAUCCCCAGGACCGGGGCAGAGGGGGCCCCCUCACCCAUCUCCGCGCCAUGCUCCAGCCUUGUAGCUGGGGUGCUCUAUGGGUCUUUCUCCCUAAGGGAGCUGUUCCCCUCCAGGGUGCCAGGCUGUUCUUGGUCCCUGGAAAACCCAGAUCCUACCAAGUACUCCCUCUACCUCCGCUUCACCCGCCAUCCUGUCAUAUGCCGGACACACUCCCCCAUGCUCCUCUCUCUUGACCACCACCUAGCCAAUCAAAGCUGUCCCCUUCAUUUAAAGUCGGCCAGGAAUCAGGAUCAGGAAGUCAUUGAUCUCUGUGGCAGCCAAUCCAACUCAGAUGGACCUUACUCCUUCCUACAGUUUGAUAAGAACUUUGUCCAACUAUGUCUAACGAGACAUCCAGCUGCUGAUGAGCCUCAGGUAACCAAGGAAGUGCUGGAGCUGAGACUGGUAGAGGUGUUACUCAUCAAUAACGAGAACUCCAGUCAGUUUACCUGUGGCGUGCUCUGCCGAUGGUUUGAGGAGUGUUUACGCACAGGACACAAUGGAGAUCAGGAGGUUUCCGAUGGCGACGGUUGCGGGAUGACCCAGACAGGAUGUAUCUGUCCAAACCACAACAUCAUGGCGCCACCUAUUCCGCUGCUCCCGGAGACACCCCACAGCUUCAGCAAUGGUUCACUGGUUCCUGAUGACUGCUGUGUCACCGAGCUGCAUUCCAAUGAUGCAAUCGCCAUAGCACCCAGAGAUGUUCGACAAGAUCCAUAUGAUGACGAUUUGAAGGUGAAGACCCAGAGACCACGAUCAGCUGACCAGCCAGGUGUGUUUCAGGCACAAACAGGUGACCCCGCAGCAGAGGAGUGGUCACAGUGGAGCGUGUGUUCGCUCACGUGUGGGCAAGGCUGGCAAGUGAGGACGCGAUCGUGUGUUUCCUCUCCCUAUGGGACACUGUGCAGUGGCGCCCUGAGGGAAACGCGCAUGUGCAACAACACCGCGUCCUGUCCGGGUGAACCUGGGAUCACAGGCUCAGUUGAGGGCCAGUGGUUGGAGUGGGGGCCGUGGUCGAGAUGCAGCGUGACUUGUAACACGGGGACCCAGCAGAGGCAGAGACGCUGCAGUGCGUCGGUGCACGGCUGGGCUGAAUGUAAGGGCCCCCAUCAGGAGAGCAGAGAAUGCACCAACCCUUCAUGCGGCGGUGGAGGUAACUGGGGCAGCUGGAACCACUGGAGUCUCUGCAGCAAGACAUGUGACUCCGGUUGGCAGCGUCGCUUCAGGAUGUGUGAGGGCACCGGUGUACAGGGCUACCCCUGCGAUGGCUCAGGAGAGGAAGUCCGGUCCUGUAACGAGAAGAAAUGCCCUGCUCCUCACGAGAUAUGUAAAGAUGAGCACCUUCUCGCUAUGUCGUGGAAGAGAGCCUCGGCUGGAGAGACUGUCUACAACAAGUGUCCAACUAACGCCACUGGAUCUGCUAGUCGUCGUUGCAUGCUGGACAAUAAUGGAGUUGCUUUCUGGGGUCCUCCGAGCUUCGCCAGAUGCGUCUCACUUGAAUAUAGAUAUUUACAUUUAUCUUUACGAGAGCAUCUCGCGAAGGGUCAGAGGACCCUGGCUGGGGAGGGCAUGUCUCAGAUCGUAAGGAGUCUCCUGGAGCUCUUGCAGAGGAGGAGCUACUACAGUGGCGACCUUCUCUUUUCCACGGAGAUCUUGCGAAAUGUGACGGACACCUUCAAAAGAGCAACCUACAUCCCAGCUCCCGACGACGUGCAGAAAUUCUUCCAGAUAGUCAGUCACAUGUUGGACAUGGAAAAUCUAGAGAAGUGGGAGGACGCUCACCAGGUCGCUCCCGGUGCUGCUUUGCUGAUGAGGAUAUUAGAGGAUUUCAUUCACCUCAUCGGAGAAGCCCAGAAGCCUUUUCAGAGUUUUCUAGUGGUUACGAACAACCUCAUGAUAACCAUCCAACGAGAGCCGGUGUCUGCAGUUUCCAGUGAUAUCAACUUCCCCAUGAAGGGCCGGAGAGGGAUGAAGGACUGGGCCAGAACAGCUGAGGACAAGCUGUACAUCCCUAAAGAGGUCUUCACCGUCCCCACUGAAGAGACAGAGACAGACUCAGAGUCUACAAUGUACUAUGUCAUUGGAGCCAUCCUGUACCGGACGUUGGGCGUCAUCUUACCUAUGCCAAAUCCCCCUGCAGUGAUCAACUCCAAGAUCUUGACAGUGACAGUACGACCAGAACCGCAACCCAGCGAGCCCAUGGUGGUUGUGGAGCUGUCACCGCUUUUGAAUGGUACAUCAGAUCCUCAGUGCGUUGUCUGGGACUAUGGCAACCCGGAAGCUGGCGCAGAAAACUGGGGCACAGAAGGCUGCCAAACGCUCGCAUCAACCACUGUCCACACCAAAUGCCUGUGCAGCAGGAUAUCCACCUACGCCGUGUUAGCGCAGCAAGCUAAAGACCCGGACAUGGGUCCUACCAGCAUGCCCUCUGUGCCCCUCAUGGUGGGCUGCGGGGUUUCCUGCACCGCUCUGCUCAUCCUGCUGCUCAUCUACGCUGCCUUCUGGAGGUAUAUCCGUUCGGAGAGAUCCAUCAUCUUGGUGAAUUUUUGCCUCUCCAUCCUGGCCUCCAAUUUAUUGAUUUUGGUGGGACAAUCUCAAACGCUUAGCAAGGGCCUCUGUACUGUGACUGCUGCCUUCCUGCAUUUCUUCUUCUUGGCGUCCUUCUGCUGGGUGCUGACAGAGGCCUGGCAGUCCUACCUGGCCGUCAUUGGCAAAAUGAGGUCGCGACUGAUUCGCAAGCGUUUCCUGUGCCUCGGCUGGGGUCUUCCAGCCCUCGUUGUAGCAGUGUCGGUGGGUUUCACCAGAGCAAGAGGUUACGGCACAGCCAGCUACUGCUGGUUAUCCUUGGAGGGCGGUCUGCUUUAUGCCUUUGUUGGGCCUGCUGCUGUCAUUGUAUUGGUGAAUAUGCUCAUUGGAAUUGUGGUGUUUAACAAGCUCAUGUCUCGAGACGGCAUCUCAGACAAGUCUAAAAAGCAACGAGCGGGGGCCUCUCUGUGGAGUUCCUGUGUGGUUCUUCCUCUGUUAGCAUUAACCUGGAUGUCAGCAGUGUUGGCCAUAACCGACCGGCGCUCCACGCUCUUCCAGGUCCUUUUUGCCGUCUUUGACUCUGUCCAAGGUUUUGUCAUCAUCACCGUCCACUGCGCAAUGCGCAGAGAGGUGCAGGAUGCAGUGCGCUGUCGGAUGGGGGGAUGUAAAGACGACAGCGAAAACUCACCAGACUCCUGCAAGAAUGGACAGGUGCAGAUCAUGAAAUGUCCAAAUGUGAGCUACUGUGGGCAGCAGUGUGGUUCUCUGCGUUACGGCACAUCCCCGUGCCUGUCAGGUUGCCACCCUCAGCAACUCCCAACAUCGUGCCACCCGGCAUGCCAGCAAGGCUGUUACCACAGUCUGCUCCGCGGCACCAACAACCAAGGGCUAGACUACACCCAGGCCCUCAACCACGCACAUGAGCAUAACCCCAUCCUGAACAACACCCACAACCACGCUCAUAACCAUAACCACUCCCACAACCACAUCGGCAGCCAACCAACGGAUUUUGAGAAGGAUGUGGACUUGGCAUGUCAAACAGAGAGAGGACACCCAUUCAUUUUCAAGGAGGUCAACACGUGUAACCCGGCCACCAUCACUGGGACCCUUUCCCGCAUCUCCUUGGAUGACGAGGAUGAUCCCAAGCUGGCAGCCCAUCAGGAGGGGGGAGUCGGAGUCAACUUCAGCUCCCUCCCUGGGAACAUUCCUCCUCCCAACCUCAUUGUACAGGUUCCGCCCCUUGGAGGCCUCAAUGAGCUGAGUGAGACGCCCCUAAAGAAGGAGGUGAAUGUGGACCAGCAGAGACAGCAGGGGCAGCAGCGUAGCGGCGCUCCAAUCUACCUGUGCACCGAGAGCGGCCUGGGCUGGGCGCGGCCGCCCGCUUCCUCCAACAAUUCCCAGGAUGGAAGUGCCGGAAGCGGAGGAAGUGGAGGAGGAGGGGGAGGAAGUGGUGGAGGAGGGGAGGGAGACUACAUGGUCUUACCUCGUAGGACGGUCAGUCUCAAACCUCCAGCGCCCUCCUCCCAAGGAGGCCUGGGACUGGGGGGCGAGGACAAGCCUCUCAACAUUGCGGUGGAGGAUCCUCCCUUCCCUCCGCCUCCCUCUCCCCUGACCCUCCACCCAGCUGAGAGCGAAGCCUACCCGGCAGAUUUUGUGCCGUCCAGUGUGGGCGACAUGAACAUCACCAUGAACCUCAACCGCUCCUAUGGGACGAUCAAAACCAUGCCCCACGGGCACGGCCACAUGAUGGCUCAGGGUAGUCUUGUACACUCCCACGGAGGACACAUGCACACCCACGGGCAUUCCCUCCAGCUGAAGCCCGGGCAGAGGCCAUCGGUCCGACAGAUUCUGACGGGGGGAACUACAGUGGAGAGAACCAGGACCCUGCCACGCAACCUGGGCAGCACCAACGCCAACACCAGCCUCUCAGCAGGAUCCCUGGAGAGGAAAAGAGUACGGUACUCUGAGCUGGACUUCGAGAAAGUGAUGCACACUCGCAAAAGACAUUCUGAGCUGUACCAUGAGCUCAACCACUCGUCCAAGUUCCACACCAUAGACAGGUAUAGCAGGGACGCAGCCAUGUCCACAUUCAAGGACAAGUCAACCCCGGAGGACCAGAGCUCCUGGGACAGCUUCAAGACCAUGACUCCCGAGCUGUCCAUCGUGCCUGGGGAGCAGAAGGAUCGAAUGGAGCUGCACAAUAAGAACUGGGACUCCUCCUCUGCUAACACACCCGACUCAUCUGAGGGAGACUUCCAGACUGAAGUGUGAAGACACGCAGAUGUACACACACUCACUUGAAUACACACACUCUCAUGCUGAGAUACAGUACAGAUGCACACAGAGAUACUGAACUUCUGAAAAGCUAUACAUAAGUACAUGAUUUUUGGCAAAGAUCUCACACACACUGCUCCCCGUCUCCUGCAAUGUGCUCUGUCGGAUCCCAUACUGUAUUUGUUUACUUCUGCAGUGGACAGACAUGGAAAGAAGACUGUUCUACUCUAUAUUUUCACAAAGACUAUUGAAAAGAAAGAACAGGGGCUUGACACGUCUGUGAUUGAGAGAAAUUUUUAAAUGAACUUAAAAAAAAACCUAUGAAAACUUAUUUCUGAGAAAAAUGUCUUGAUUUUAUUCUGGAGAAAAAAGAAAAUCUCUGUCAAUUGUUUGAUGAUUUGGGGGGUAAAAAAGAAAAAGAAGAAUAUUUCUGCACCGUUCAGUUCUUUUUAUAGCAAGGGGAAAAAAAUCUCACUGAGGUUUCUCACACUGGUAGCUCCCCCCUAGGCACCCUGCUUUCAUUUAUUUCCUUUUCCCUUCUAAUGGAUGACGACAGCAUUCAAUCUCUCAGUCUUUCCUUUUUUUUCUUUUUCUUUUUCUUUUUCUUUUCAUCAUUUUGGAUGGAUAGGGGAUGGGAAAGAGCUGCUCAUUGAUAUGUGCCAUCCUCUCUGCUUUUUUCAGGUUCCAGUUCAACAAUCCCAUCCAUCCAUUCCUCUCACAUCCUCUGUGUCAACAUCGUAUUCCCCCCUUUUUUGUGUGUAUUUUCUAUGCUUUAGUUUAAAGAAUGUCCUCCCCUAUGGUUUGAAACUUUUAAUGA